AUGCAUACUAUCAAGGGUGUGAAGAAGGGGCAGGAUGUUAAAGUGGCACUCAAAUUGGACAUGACAAAACCAUAUGAUAGGAUGGAGGCACUCCUCUUGGACACGUCACUCUACAACAUGGGUUACGGCAAGGUUGUCCUUUACGGCAAGAAAGAAGAGAUGAUUUGGUUAGGGUUAAAGUGGUAA